CCCUGUUUGGUGAUCGCUUAGCCUUCACCUUUAUCCUCACUAGCCGAGCAUCGGACGGACAGACAGACAGACCUAGCAGAGAAAGGGGACGUGUGCGUGGCCCACGUCAUCCUCCCGAUCCAUCCAUCCUCACUCUGGCUCACAGCUCAGCCUGCUAACCCUGCUGACCGUGCUGACUCUUUCUUGAUCAUCAUCCUCGUUCAACAUGCCGGUGGUGGAUUUUUCGGAAUUCCCUUCGCUCACUCAGCUCAGAGCGUUGAAGGUGGUGGAUUUGAAGGCCAAGCUCGUUUCCUUGGAUCUGGGAACGCAAGGUUUGAAGGCGGAUCUGGUCAAUCGUUUGAAUGAAUACUACGUGACCAAGCGACACGAGGCCGAAGCCGCAGCCGCAGCGGCCGAAGCCGCAGCCGUUCCCGAAGAGCCAGCCUCCAUGCCUCAUGCGGAUGAACAGCCCGCUCAAGAGGAUGCGGCCGUCGCACCCGAAGAGCCAGUCCAACCAUGUCUGGAUUCGCCUCCAGCACCGCCCAACGUGGAAGAACCCGCACCCACGGAAGAGCCGCCGCCGCCGCCGCACGUGCCCGUGGUUGAAGCUUCGCCCGUUAAUGUUGAACACACUCAGGCACUCAGCAUGCCCUCGGCCACGAUGCCAGAUGAGCCGCGCAUGGUAGAAACCACGCCCACGCCACAAGUGGAAAGUGCCGCUCAUGAUCAGCCCACCAUGGCCCAACCUUAUACCGAUCCGGAGCCGGUGAAAUCGGCGAUGGCAGCGGAUACAGAGCGCCCAGUCCCUGUCGAAGAACCCGCCGAGCACAUUCCCACCAUGACGGCCGAGGAUGUCCACGUGCAGGAUGUGCCACCUCAAAAUGUCCAAGUGGCAGAGCCCAGCCAGGUGUCUCGGUUGUUACCCAACCAGGCAGAGCCCGAGGCAGAGCCCGAGGCAGAGCCCGAGGCAGAGCCCGAGGCAGAGCCCGAGGCAGAGCCCGAGGCAGAGCCCGAGGCAGAGCCCGAGGCAAAGCCGGACGAAUCCGUAGCUCCCGGUCAAGAAGUCCCGGUUGAAACGCCCAUGGAUAUCUCCCUGUCGGUGGAAAAGACGGAACCGGCACCGUCUCCUCCAACUGAACCUGCCUCCAACGAGACUUCCGUUGUGAAGUCCAUUCCCGCCCCCAGACCGUCUCAUUUGGCCAAGAUAGUGAUCCCAUCGUCGGGUGUGAUCAAAGAGGCCACCCCUAUCGUGCGAAAGCCGCAAAUGGCCCCCCACAAUCCAUAUUGCACGCCUGACGAUUUAGAAGAUGAAGCCACUCCGGCCGGCCCGAAAACCGGUCCUGUCCCUCUCAUGUCUUUGAGUAUUGAUCGACCCGGGGACAAGAAGAAACCCGAAGACAGUGUCAGUGCUAUGGCCAAUGUGCCCAUUCCCAAGGCUUUAGAAGAGGCCUUAGCUUAUAAGCAGGAAAGAGCCUUUCAAUUGGGAGUGAAUCCAGCCGACAUAGAAAGACUCGAGAGCGAAGGUAUUGCCGAUCAAGCCAAACCCGUGGAGGAAGUAUCUCGCUCGUUUAGACCGCAAACCGUCAGGGAUCCGAAUCCCGUGUCUCUGGUCGAAGAUGUGGAUUUUGAUGAGCGGAAAGACAAAGGGAAACGCCAAAAGAAGAAGAAGAAACGGAAGAAGAACCGCCCCGAAGAAUGGGCCAGACAAGCUGCAGAGGCUGAGCGGAAGAAGAAAGCUGAAGAAGAGCUCAAGCACGAACCCGAGGUGGAAGUCGAGUACAUCCAAGAGAAGCCUGAUCUUGACCCCGCCGACCCUAUGUACAGAACUUUCAGCAAGAUCUUUGAUGCAUUCAAGAUCCAGGAAGAUGACAAACCCGAAGAUGAUUUGGACAAGAAGAAAGAAGAGGCCCCGGAGGAACUGACAAAAGUGCCCAAGCUCUUGGAAGAAGAUGACAUGAUUGAACAGAAAGAUCCCGACGACGAUGACAAGCCUAAAUUGUCCAAGCGCAAACUGAAGAAGCUCAACCGAUUGUCCGUGGCCGAACUGAAACAACUUGUCCCCCGGCCGGAUGUGGUGGAGAUGCACGAUGUGACGGCGAGAGACCCGAGACUACUGGUGCACCUCAAGUCCACUCGGAAUACGGUCCCAGUGCCCAGGCAUUGGUGUUUCAAGCGCAAGUAUUUGCAGGGCAAGCGAGGCAUCGAAAAGCCGCCUUUCGACUUGCCGGAUUUCAUCAAGAAAACCGGAAUCAUGGAGAUGCGAGCAGCUCUGCAAGAGAAAGAAGAUUCCAAGACCAUGAAAACCAAGAUGCGCGAGAAAGUGAGGCCCAAGUUGGGCAAGAUCGAUAUCGACUACCAGAAGCUGCACGACGCCUUCUUCAAAUGGCAAUCCAAACCCAGAAUGACCAUGCACGGAGAUCUUUACUACGAAGGCAAGGAAUUCGAGAUCAGAUUGAAGGAGAAGAAACCGGGCGAUCUCACUGACGAACUGAGAACCGCUUUAGGAAUGCCGGUGGGCCCAAACGCUCACAAGGUCCCACCCCCGUGGCUUAUUGCCAUGCAAAGGUAUGGUCCACCUCCAUCCUACCCCAACCUCAAGAUACCUGGGCUCAACGCUGCCAUUCCGGAGAGUUGCUCUUUCGGCUAUCACGCGGGGGGUUGGGGUAAGCCUCCGGUGGACGAGUCCGGUAAACCUCUCUAUGGAGAUGUGUUCGGCACGGCGGAUGCGGCCUAUAAUCAAGCCCUACCCGUGGAAGAAAUUGACACGUCACUCUGGGGUGAGCUAGAAUCCGAGUCUGAAGAGGAGGAGGAAGAGAGCGAGGAAGAGGAGGAGGAAGAAGAAGCCGAAGAGCCCGCAGAAAGCGGCCUCCAAACCCCUGUUGUCGAUGCUGGUCAAGCUACUCCGUCUGGCCUGUCUUCGGUCGGCGCAGGUUUAGGAAUGGAGACCCCCGAAUUGGUCGAUCUACGAAAGAAGAGGAUUGAAGCAGAAAUGGAAGGGGGAGAAACGCCCAAUUUGUACACCGUCAUCCCUGAGAAACGAAAUGACCGGAUUGGCACCAGUAUGAUGGGCUCCACCCACACCUACGAUAUCACCAAGGCCAAUCAGCCCAGUGCUGGAUCGGGUCGGGCCCCUGGGUUCAUGGACAGCGGGGGCGUCGAAUUGGCCCUCAACCCCGAGGAAGUCGAGCUCAUGGACACGGACGCCAUGCAAGCUCGGGCCGAAGCCGCUCUCCGAGAGAAACAAGCCGCUUUAGCUCAAGAAGAUCUCUCUGACAUGGUAGCCGAACAUGCUGCCAAGCAAACCCACAAACGGAAACGACAGGGGGCCAAGGAAGACGGAAAGACUGGCGGGAAGAAGUACAAGGAGUUCAAGUUCUGAUGAAAUCGUGAUCAGCACGAGCACUUGAAUUGAAAAUAAAAUUAUUCCAGCUUAAGUCUCAGUAGGCAUAUGUGAGAAAGUAUUCAAGGUUGUGUUAAUAAGAACAUGUUUUUCUUCA